CGUCAUUACUGCAGGAAUAAAAGAGGACAGUAAUAUUUCAGAAAGAAGGGAGGAGAUUUGCCGACGGCUCUCCUAUUGGUUUAGUGCCGCCGUGAUGGCACAGAGGAGACGGCUUCAUACUUUAUAAAGCUCCCUCGGAGUGAGGAAACCACUGUGAACUCUUUACAGCUGAAGUGACGCUGAGGAAAACCCGUGAGAACGCUGAACCAUGAGUGAGAGGCAAGGAUCCGGAGCAGCUGGUGGCAACAGCAAAACCUCUGGUGCACAAGAUGCGUCUAAGAAAGACGUGCCAGAGGACUUUGACAUCGACAUGGACGCCCCUGAAACCGAGAAGGCAGCCGUCGCCAUUCAAUCGCAGUUCAGGAAGUUCCAGAAGAAGAAGAACGAUGACAAGUCGUAGUUCUCUGUCCGUUCGGCUCCAUCAGGACAGCAUGGUUUGAUGUUGCAUGUAAUAGAAUCCAUUCUGUGUGGACUCAAGGGAGGGGGGGGUGGGUGGGAUAAAGGUCAUAAUCUGUCAAUCACUCAUCUAACCUGUUAUUUUACUGCUGUAACAGUGAAUUCCAGAGUUCAUGCUGAUUUGCUUUACUCUUCACUCUAGCCAAGAAUUGCUGUAGUGCUACAGAUGCAUGAUUUUCUACUUUACCUCAAACUGUUUGUCCUUUAUUUGUGAAAGCACAAGAUGUUUUCAUUGUGAGCUGCUUACCACAUUGAAUUUAAAGGGAUAGUUACAAUUUACCCACCAUCGAGUACUUACAAUCCCUAAUGGGUUUUCUGUUGAACAUCCAUAGUAGAAAAAUAACAAAUACUAUGGAAGUCAAUGACUACUGGUUUCCAGCCUUAUUGUGUUCAACAGAAAAGAAGCUCAAACUGUGAGUAGAUGAUGACAUUUGCAUUUAUUUUUGCGUGAACUAUCCCUUUAAAUGGCAAACGCUUUUGUUACUAAGCAUCAUGUGUAUAUAAAUAUAGAGCAGAACUUUAUUUUUGUUUCACACCAUUAGCUGAUGUAAUGCUUUAGCGUGCGUUCUCAUCCCAGCGGAGUUAGCUAAAAAUAGCUUGUGUUUUGAAACUCAUAUUGUUGAAUAAUUCCCAGCUUAUUUUCCCCAAAUCCUCACGGUGCGCUCAGCUCUCUCUAUUGAUUCGUUUCUGUGUUGAAUUCCAUGCUGGAUGAAAUGACUCUAGAGUGAAUGUUUGAAUUUGCUGUGGCAUAUCAUAACAUUUCUGUGGAUUUGUUUCCUUUGCUAAGGACAAUGGCACAAACAUUAGCCAAACCGCACACUCAGUUUCUAUCUCACCUCAAAUAAUUUCUCAACUCAGUAUGAUUGAAGCAAGAAACUGUUAAUAAACAUCCUUGAGUCUCUGGAACUAAA